UUAGUGAACCCCCGUGCCUGGAUCCUGGAAUAUAUUGGUUUGCGGCCCCCCGACAGAACAGAACAAUGUUCACGUCAUACUAUGCUCUAUUGAUCAGCUACAAAUCAAGUAAUGUCAGGCACUCACAAGAUUAUCUCUGCGUGUUUCCGAGUUUUGGAAUUUGGGUGCGCAGUUAUUAUCCUAGGUGUUCUUGCAAGAUUCUUCCAUCUCCUAAACCAAUUCAACGGUCCUAAAGACUCUCGCUUGGUAUAUGCUAUCUCAAUAGCUUCUAUCAGCAUUGCAACAUCCCUCAUACUUCUCCCACCUCUUAAAUAUUCGUUUUUCUUAUUCCCUCUGGAUUUUGCACUCUUCACCUGUUGGAUAGUCUGCUUUGCCUUGCUGGAAGACCUUUCCGGCACGAAUACCUGCUCAGCGCCGUGGUUCAAUACGUAUUGGGGUGUUUAUUGGGUAAAUGCGCCUGGCAACACAACAAUCGUCUCUACUUCCGUGUGUUCAAAAUGGAGAGCAGUACUGGCGUUCAGCUUUAUCACCGCCUUCUGCUGGCUCAUUAAUGCUUUUCUGGGCCUCUAUGCAUGCGUCGAAUACCAUAGCUUAGGUUCUCUAACGGUCUCUGCCGUGAGCCAAGACAAGAGGACUUAGAGCGAGACGGACAAAAACCAGAAGAGACCCAACAUCUGCAGCAGGUUGGAAAGCAAACAGGUCAAACACAAUGACUUUGUUUUAUUUCGAUUAGUUAUAUUUGAUGUGAUAUAGGUCACAUUUGUCUGAAGUCGGAAGUGCGGUGCAACGGCGAUUACGAGAUCUUACAUAAACUUGGGCAAAACAUAAUGCUGAAUACUAUCCAGCUUCUACUGAUUAUUCGUCUUAUCUG